AUGACUAAACUAAAGGAAAAGUUAAAAAUUUUAAGAAAAAAUGUGUUUUGUAAAGCGCCAAAAUUGUUGAUCUUGACCCAGAUAUGCAAUACACAUCAAAACCUUUCUUCUUCACCUCCAUCGCUACAUCACUCUACAACAACUUCAACAUCUCUAAAAAUUAGAAGGGUUGUAGAUCAAGAUGUUGAAUCGAAGGCUGUCGUAAACGCUGGGGCAAGCACGGAAUUGAUGGCACUACGAACGAUUUCAAUAGAAAUAAAACAGAUGAGAGAAAAAGUUGAUACAAAAAUUGAACAACAAUCAACAAAAAUUGAACAUCAAUCAGCAGAAAUAAAACAGAGGAGAGAACAAAUUGACGCAAAAAUCAAACAACAGUCGGUCGCGAUUGAUGCUAAAAUAAUACAACAGUUGAGAGAACUCAAAAAACAAUUCGAAGUCAAAGCUGAACAGCAAUCGACCGUAAUCAAAGCAAAAAUAGAAAAUCAGAUGACGAGAAUGGAAGACAUCUCGUCUAAAAUUGAACAAAAUCGAUCAAAAGGUUAUCGGGCUCGAGCAGAAGUUAUCCUGCGAAAUGGAUAA